GACGAAUGAUGCGCGAUCCCGCUGACGAUGCGUCGCCAAUCGCCCAUAGCCGGCCACCGUGGGCCCGCGUUUGCCGUCUAUAAGGGCGCGGGGUAGGUCGCUCCUUCCCUCUGGGCCUCUGCCUCUUGCCUGAUGCUUGCUUGCGUUCUUGCUUGCUUCUUCUCCCACCCACAGACCUGCCUACCUGCCACCCUCCAGUGACUGCUGUGCAGGAACAAGAUACUCUUACCAUCUCUCUAUCUCUGUCACCCCUCAUCCUUAGCAGAAUCCUCCAAUAUUAUACUCUGCCAGCCCCCCCACCAUGGCAGAGAGCAAGUGCCCCGUGAGUGACCGUGUGCUCAGGGCCAACGUCGCCGGUGCUGGCACCAGAAACGGCGACUGGUGGCCCGAGGCACUGAAGCUUAACAUCUUGCGCCAGCAUACCAGUGUAUCCAAUCCCCUUGAUGACGGCUUUGACUAUGCCGCUGCCUUCAACAGUCUGGACUACUUUGCACUCAAGAAGGACCUCCAUGCCCUGAUGACCGACUCGCAGGACUGGUGGCCUGCCGACUUUGGCCACUACGGCGGUCUGUUCAUCCGCAUGGCCUGGCACAGCGCCGGCACCUACCGUGUCUUUGACGGCCGUGGCGGUGGUGGACAGGGCCAGCAGCGCUUUGCCCCGCUAAAUAGCUGGCCGGACAACGCCAGUCUCGACAAGGCCCGCCGUCUGCUGUGGCCAAUCAAACAAAAAUACGGAAACAAGAUUUCGUGGGCCGAUUUGUUGCUCCUCACCGGCAACGUCGCCCUAGAAUCUAUGGGCUUCAAGACCUUUGGCUUUGCUGGGGGCCGCGCCGACACCUGGGAGCCUGACCAAGCUACCUACUGGGGUGGUGAAACCACAUGGCUUGGCAACGACGUUCGUUAUCAAGAAGGCAGUGCAGGCCUAGCCGGCCAUGGUGUCCUAUCGGGCUCGGAAGAACCUCAUCGCAACAUUCAUUCUCGCGAACUGGACAAGCCCUUGUCAGCUUCCCACAUGGGCUUGAUCUAUGUCAACCCGGAAGGUCCUGAUGGUAUUCCAGACCCAGUUGCCGCUGCUAGAGAUAUCCGUGUCACUUUUGGUCGCAUGGCAAUGAAUGACGAGGAAACGGUGGCGCUUAUUGCCGGCGGCCACUCGUUCGGUAAGACUCAUGGCGCUGCCUCGGCCGAUCACGUUGGCGGUGAACCUGAAGCUGCGGGCAUUGAAGAGCAAGGUUUGGGCUGGCGCAAUGGCCAUGGUUCGGGCAAAGGCCCCGAUACCAUCACCAGUGGCAUCGAAGUCAUCUGGACCAAGACUCCUGCCAAAUGGAGUAACAAUUUCUUCGAAUAUCUUUUCGGCUAUGAAUGGGAACUGACCAAGAGUCCUGCUGGUGCAAAUCAGUGGGUGGCCAAAAACGCCGAAGCCAUCAUCCCUGAUGCAUACGACCCCUCGAAGAAGCACAAACCCAGAAUGUUGACCACCGACCUGGCCCUGCGCUUUGAUCCGGCAUAUGAGAAGAUCUCCCGUCACUAUCUACAAAACCCCGACCAGUUUGCCGAUGCUUUUGCCCGGGCCUGGUUCAAGCUGAUUCACCGUGACCUAGGUCCACGCAGUCGCUACCUCGGUCCCGAAGUCCCCGCCGAAGUUUUAUCCUGGCAGGACCCAGUGCCAGCCGUGGAUCAUCCGCUUGUGAACGCAAGCGAUAUUGCCGCUCUCAAACAAGCCAUUCUAUCCACCGGCUUGGAUGUAUCUCAACUUGUAUCAACAGCAUGGGCGUCGGCUUCCACCUUCCGUGGUGGUGACAAGCGCGGUGGUGCUAAUGGAGCUCGCAUUCGCCUUUCUCCUCAGCGGGACUGGGAAGUCAACAACCAGCCGUGGCUGCGGAACACCCUCAGUGCUCUAGAAAGCAUUCAGAAACAGUUCAAUUCGGGAGGGAAGAAGAUUUCUCUAGCUGACUUGAUUGUCUUGGCCGGAUCUGCUGCAGUGGAGAAAGCCGCCAACGAUGCUGGCCAUGGAAUCAGCGUACCUUUCACUCCCGGUCGCACAGAUGCUUCACAGGAACAGACUGAUGUCGAGUCUUUCAAUUACUUGGAACCUAUCGCCGAUGGAUUCCGGAAUUACGGCAAAUCGACCUCUCGGGUGCGAAGCGAGCAGUUCCUCGUCGAUAAGGCUGAGCUUCUGACCCUCUCUGCUCCAGAGUUGACCGUCUUGGUUGGCGGUCUCCGAUCUUUGCGGACAAAUUAUGAUGGCUCAUCUCAUGGUGUAUUGACAAAUCGACCAGGCCAAUUGACAAACGACUUCUUCGUCAACCUGCUGGAUGUUCAAACAGAAUGGAAACCUGUAGACUCUAGCAAGGAAGUCUUCGAAGGUAUUGACCGCAAGACAGGUGCUAAGAAAUGGACUGGUACCCGCGUCGACCUCAUAUUUGGCUCUCAAGCAGAGCUUCGUGCCAUUGCCGAAGUAUAUGCUAGUGCGGACGGUGGGCGAAAAUUCGUCAAGGACUUUGUGGCUGCUUGGGACAAAGUGAUGAACCUCGAUCGGUUUGAUUUGCAGAAAUAAGUCCAGAGCGAGUCCUGUGUCCGUGAUCUCUGUUCUAUAGCAUACAUUUCACUUUAUUAUUACCCUGAAGUCCCAUAUGCUAGGUCUACCGGUCGGUCUCGAACGAUUGGGCGAAUGAAAAUUCGAAGUGGAUUACCAGCCAAACUUAUUUCGUGAUCAUUAUGCACUAUCAGUAUGACUAGGUAGAUAUCUCAAGUCCGAAAUCGCAUUAUUGAACCAUAUUUUCCAAUUUCAAACUGUGUAAUAAAUCAUCAGCAAAGAGUCUAUCGUUUUCUCCAUUUUCCCACGAGAUAAUUUACCUGCAGUUUUGAGCUCUGUCGUAGCUGAUACUCGUUGAUUACACAUUUCACAGUAACCUUUAAAAAGCCGAAUCAUGCUGAGCGAUUUGGCCUGUAUGAACGCAAUGGG